AUGGAGCAUCCCUCUGAUUGCCUUUUCCAUCUUCCAGCCAUUAGUGUGCUAGAUUCUGCCGACAUAGAGGUUACAGACAGUCGCCUGCCUAAUGCCACUUUUGUGGAUCACCGGCCCCAGCAUCACCAGUCAGAGACCUUGGGUACAGGUACCGCACCGCCCCAAGUGACCCAGAAUAAGGCACGUUCUGCUUCGAAGCCGCUCCAGGCCUCUGGACGGUUCUAUGUGGAACUGGUUCGCGGUUCCGCGGGCUUUGGCCUCACAUUAAGCGGAGGCCAAGAUUCAGCCGGGGAUACUCCUCUGGCAGUGCGUGGGCUGCUGAAGGAUGGGCCGGCACAGCGCUGUGGUCGCUUGCAGGCCGGGGACCUCGUGCUCCACCUCAACGGAGAGCCAACGCAGGGCCUCACCCACGCGCAGGUGGUGGAGCGGAUUCGCGCAGGCGGACCCCGUCUCCGCCUUGUAUUAAGCAGGCCCCUUGAAACCCACCCCGGCAAGCCUGAGGGGAUGGGAGGGCCUCAGAAAGGAGAUGAUCGCAGGCCAGAUCCUGGGGGACCAGAGGUGAUGAAGUCUCGCAGCGCCAGCGCUUCCCCACAUCAGCACCCGCUAUCCCGUACUAUGGCCCAAACCCAGGGCAGCCCAGAGCCUAGCCCAGAGGGGGCAGCCGACUGCCCCGCGGUUCCUCCACCUGAGCGCCGCACAGAGGACCCUGAUGACCGAACCCCAGGUUCCCCGGGACCCUGGCUGGUGCCGAGUGAGGAACGGCUCUCGCGGGCCCUAGGGGUCCCAGGGGCUGCGCAGCUUGCUCUGGAGAUGGCAGCUGGGAGGCGGAGGCACUGAGCAUGUAACAGAGGGUUCAGUGCUCCCUUGGUACAGCCCAACCUGUAUCUGGUGUGCCCCGCCGGCCUCACACUAGCAUCGCUAUCAUGGGCGGGGAGAGCUUCCUCUCUGUGUUGUCUCACCCUGCUUCCUGCUGAGCAGCGGACCAGCUCAUGCUCCCCUCGCGGUGUCAGUGGUACAGCCCUCCGGACGGGCCAGACCAGCGCUUCUGGUUUCGAGCGGGGGUGGUAAUAAAAUGGUUCGACC